AUGGCGGACCAGAUCCCUCUGUACCCGGUGCGCAGCGCCGCUGCUGCGGCCGCUGCCAACCGCAAACGCGCGGCUUACUACAGUGCGGCGGGGCCCGGGCCGGGGGCCGACCGGCAUAGCAGGUACCAGCUGGAAGAUGAGUCUGCCCAUUUGGAUGAAAUGCCUCUGAUGAUGUCUGAAGAAGGAUUUGAAAAUGAUGAGAGUGAUUACCACACUUUACCACGAGCCAGGAUAACCCGAAGAAAACGAGGAAUAGAGUGGUUGGUUUGUGGUGGAUGGAAAUUCCUUUGCACCAGUUGCUGUGAUUGGCUGAUCCACGUCUGUCAGAGGAAGAAGCAGCUGAAAGCACGCACGGUGUGGCUUGGGUGUCCUGAGAAGUGUGAAGAGAAACAUCCCAGAAAUGCUAUAAAAAACCAGAAAUACAACGUGUUUACCUUUAUUCCCGGGGUUUUAUAUGAACAAUUCAAGUUCUUCCUGAAUCUCUAUUUCCUGGUAGUGUCCUGCUCACAGUUUGUGCCAGCACUGAAGAUAGGGUAUCUCUACACCUACUGGACACCUCUGGGAUUUGUCUUGGCUGUAACUAUCAUGAGGGAAGCAGUUGAUGAAUUCCGGCGUUUCCGGCGAGAUAAGGAAAUGAACUCCCAACUCUACAGCAAACUUACUGUCAGAGGUAAAGUGCAAGUGAAGAGUUCAGACAUCCAGGUGGGAGACCUCAUCAUAGUGGAGAAGAAUCAGAGAAUUCCAUCAGAUAUGGUCUUUCUUAGGACUUCAGAAAAAGCAGGUUCAUGCUUUAUUCGGACUGAUCAGCUCGAUGGUGAGACGGACUGGAAACUGAAAGUGGCAGUGAGCUGUACACAGAGGCUACCGGCCCUGGGGGACCUGUUUUCCAUCAGUGCUUAUGUCUCUGCCCAGAAGCCCCAGCAGGACAUUCAUAGUUUUGAAGGGACUUUCACCAGGGAAGACAGUGACCCGCCCAUUCACGAGAGCCUCAGUAUAGACAACACGCUGUGGGCCAGCACUGUGGUCGCAUCAGGUACUGUGAUAGGUGUUGUCAUUUAUACUGGAAAAGAGACUCGAAGUGUAAUGAACACAUCCAAUCCCCAAAAUAAGGUUGGUCUGCUGGACCUGGAACUCAAUCAGCUGACCAAGGCUCUAUUCCUGGCUCUGGUGGCCCUCGCAGCUGUGAUGGUGACCUUGCAAGGGUUUGUGGGCCCCUGGUACCGCAACCUCUUCCGUUUCCUCCUCCUGUUUUCCUACAUCAUUCCCAUCAGCUUGCGAGUAAACUUGGACAUGGGUAAAGCAGCCUAUGGGUGGAUGAUCAUGAGAGAUGAGAACAUACCAGGGACAGUUGUCCGUACCAGCACCAUCCCUGAGGAGCUGGGGCGCCUGGUGUACCUGCUGACAGACAAAACAGGUACCCUGACCCAGAAUGAGAUGGUCUUUAAGCGCCUUCACCUGGGCACUGUGUCUUAUGGGACAGACACAAUGGAUGAGAUCCAGAACCACAUCAUCACAUCAUACUCACAGACACAUUCUCAAGCUACUGGAAGCAAUGCCAAUUCAACGCCACCCAGAAAGGCCCAGUCUUCAGCUCCCAAAGUCAGGAAGAGUGUUAGCAGCCGGAUCCACGAAGCUGUGAAGGCCAUUGCCCUGUGUCACAAUGUGACGCCCGUGUAUGAAUCCCGAGCUGGGGGCUCUGGAGAGACAGAGCAUGCAGAGGCGGACCAGGACUUCAGCGAUGAGAACCGUGCCUACCAGGCCUCCAGCCCUGACGAGGUAGCUCUUGUUCAGUGGACAGAGAGUGUAGGCCUCACCCUGGUCAACAGGGACCUGGCCUCCAUGCAGCUGAAGACGCCCAGCGGACAGAUUAUGACUUACCACGUCCUGCAGGUGUUCCCCUUCACGUCAGAGAGCAAGCGCAUGGGAGUCAUCGUCAGGGAUGAGUCCACGGCAGAAAUCACGUUUUACAUGAAGGGCGCUGAUGUUGCUAUGUCCCCCAUUGUGCAGUACAAUGACUGGCUGGAAGAGGAGUGUGGGAACAUGGCUCGGGAAGGCCUGCGCACGCUGGUGGUCGCUAAGAGGGCGCUAACGGAGGAGCAGUACCAGGACUUUGAGAGCCGGUACAGCCAGGCCCGGCUGAGUCUGCACGACCGCUCGCUGAAAGUGGCCGCCGUGGUGGAGAGUCUGGAGCGGGAGAUGGAGCUGCUAUGCCUGACGGGGGUCGAGGACCAGCUGCAGGCCGACGUGCGGCCUACCCUGGAGAUGCUGCGGAAUGCAGGGAUCAAGAUAUGGAUGCUGACAGGAGACAAACUCGAGACAGCUACGUGCAUCGCCAAAAGUUCACACCUGGUUUCACGGACACAGGACAUCCAUGUUUUCAGACCUGUGACAAACCGGGGUGAGGCCCACCUGGAGCUGAACGCCUUCAGAAGGAAGCAUGACUGUGCUCUCGUCAUCUCAGGAGACUCCUUGGAGGUCUGCCUGAAGUACUACGAACAUGAGUUUGUGGAGCUGGCCUGCCAGGGCCCAGCCGUGGUCUGCUGCCGCUGCUCGCCCACCCAGAAAGCCCACAUCGUGAAGCUCUUGCAGCAGCACACACACAAGCGCACGUGUGCUGUCGGUGACGGUGGGAACGAUGUCAGCAUGAUCCAGGCAGCCGACUGUGGGAUCGGAAUUGAGGGCAAGGAGGGGAAGCAGGCUUCCCUGGCGGCCGACUUCUCCAUUACCCAGUUCAAGCACCUCGGGCGGCUGCUCAUGGUCCACGGCCGAAACAGCUACAAGCGCUCCGCAGCGCUGGGCCAGUUUGUCAUGCACAGGGGCCUCAUCAUCUCCACCAUGCAGGCUGUGUUCUCCUCGGUUUUCUAUUUUGCAUCUGUCCCGCUGUACCAGGGUUUCCUGAUGGUAGGGUACGCCACCAUCUACACCAUGUUCCCAGUGUUCUCUCUGGUGUUGGACCAAGAUGUGAAGCCAGAGACGGCCCUGCUGUAUCCUGAGCUGUACAAAGACCUCACCAAGGGAAGAUCCUUGUCCUUUAAGACCUUCCUCAUCUGGGUUUUAAUCAGUAUUUACCAAGGCGGCAUCCUCAUGUACGGAGCGCUGCUGCUGUUCGAGUUGGAGUUUGUGCACGUGGUGGCCAUCUCCUUCACAGCGCUGAUUCUGACGGAGCUGCUCAUGGUGGCGCUGACCAUCCGCACGUGGCACUGGCUCAUGGUGGUGGCCGAGUUCCUCAGCUUCGGCUGCUACCUGGCCUCCCUCGCCUUCCUGAAUGAGUACUUCGGUAUAGGCAGAAUGUCCUUUGGAGCUUUCUUAGACGUUGCCUUCAUCACAACUUUGACCUUCCUGUGGAAAGUGUCAGCCAUCACACUGGUCAGCUGUCUGCCACUCUACACCCUCAAGUAUCUAAAGCGAAAGCUCUCUCCUCCCAACUACUCCAAGCUCACCUCCUGA